AUGGAUUAUGAGAUGGACCUCGAGCCCACGGGGCCUCAGGUCACUGUUCGCGAGGUUGAACCCCAUCGAGUCGAUUUCAGAUUAAGCUCCGUUGAUCUCGCAUUUGCCAACUCCCUUCGCCGUGUCAUUCUCGCCGAGGUCCCUACCGUCGCACUCGAUCUGAUCGAAAUUGAAAACAACACCUCCGUGAUUCCCGAUGAGAUGCUGGCCCAUCGGUUGGGUCUGAUUCCACUGAAUGCGAAGAACUGCGAGCAAGACCUCGAGUAUACCCGUGAUUGCGACUGCGAGGAUCACUGUGUACGAUGCAGUGUGACCCUGAGACUGCAUGUGCGCUGUGACAGUGGCAUCAUGUCGGUAUAUGCGCGGGAUUUGAUGGUGCAGGGAGAGCGAGUCAACGAUACCAUUGGUGACCCCGUCAUUACCGAUCCCGAGGGCAAAGGCCCGCUGAUCUGCAAAUUGGCCAAGGGUCAGGAGAUCAAAUUGACUUGUUUGGCCAAGAAGGGGACUGCGAAAGAGCAUGCCAAGUGGGCUCCAACUUCGGCUGUGGGAUUUGAAUAUGACCCUCACAAUAACUUGAAACAUGUGGAUUACUGGUAUGAGCAGGAUCCAAUCAAGGAAUGGCCCAUCUCCGAGAAUGCCGCUUGGGAGCAACCCAACAACCCGGACCAACCUUUUGACUAUGACGCCGAACCAAACAUUUUCUACCUGGAUGUUGAGAGUAUUGGCAACCUGGAGCCGGACAUGAUCAUUCAACAGGGCAUCUUUGUCCUGCAGAAGAAGCUCGCCCUCACCGUGUCCGAACUCACCGGGGAAGAGAAUGGUCCCGCUGGCGGUCCCGAAGAUGCCGACAUGAUGGGCGCCGGCGAGGAUGCAUAUGAGCCUCCCGAGGGAAUUGACGGCAACAUGGGCGCGUACGGAAAUGCUCCCUGGGGGGCGAGUGCCCAGACUCCAUACGGUGCUACCCCCUAUGGACAAAGUACAUAUGGCUUUUGA